GGCUGGGCCGAACACGUGGGCUCCAUUAGGGGCCGGCCUCUAGGGUCCUCCGGGGGAAGGGGACAACCUAGGAGGAGGAAGGCUGGUCCGCCACACCGAGCGUGGUAAUCUCCCUGGCGGCUCCAGUCCACCGCCGAAGGCAGGGGCACGCCCUGUGACCCACUCCCACGUUCAUAGGACCGUGCCAGGAUCCCUUUUCUCUACUCCGCCCUCUCCUCCCGCACCGUCCCACUGUCCUGCCCAUAAAUCGGACGAGCAAAGGUAGCAAGAUUUCCUCCCGCGCCCCUGCGGGCCGCGAAAUCGGGCGCUAAAGCAGUGCAGUCCCGAGCUUCCCCUGCAGAAGCCGCGCUCCUCGCUCGGUCCUGGGGUUGAGGGGGCGCGAGAGAGCAAGUGGGCGGGCGUCCUAUUCUCCGCAUCCUCCUCCAGGUCCUGGCGCGCAGGGUGGGAGCGCCGCGCCGCUCCGCGCUGCGCAUCGCGGCCCGCUUGCCGCCUGCCCCCUGCCCUCGCUGGGCCGCCUCCCCCGGCUGCCGGUGGAGGGCUCCGAGGCGCUAACGUUACGCUGUUUCCGGUUUUCUAGCGGGCUCUGUUUCCCCUCCCAAGGCGGCGGCGGCGGAGCGGCGGAGCCCCCCAAAUGGCCUGGCCAGAUGCGGCAGGUUUGCUGCUCAGCGCUGCCGCCGCCGCCACUGGAGAAGGCUCGGUGCAGCAGCUACAGCGACAGCAGCAGCAGCGGCGGCAGCAGCGAGAGGAGCAGCAGCGGCAGCAGCGGCAGCAGGAGCAGCAGCGGCAGCAGCGGCGGCAGCAUCUCCCGUCCCGCUGCGCCCCCAGAGCCGCGGCCGCCGCAACAGCCGCAGCCCCGCAGCCCCGCAGCCCGGAGAGCCGCCGCCCGCUCUCGAGCCGCAGCCGCCGGCGGCAUGAGGCGCGACCCGGCCCCCGGCUUCUCCAUGCUGCUCUUCGGUGUGUCGCUCGCCUGCUACUCGCCUAGCCUCAAGUCGGUGCAGGACCAGGCGUACAAGGCACCGGUGGUGGUGGAGGGCAAGGUACAGGGGCUGGCCCCAGCCGGCGGCUCCAGCUCCAACAGCACCCGCGAGCCGCCCGCCUCGGGUCGGGUGGCGCUGGUGAAGGUGCUGGACAAGUGGCCGCUCCGGAGCGGGGGGCUGCAGCGCGAGCAGGUGAUCAGCGUGGGCUCCUGUGCACCGCUCGAAAGGAACCAGCGCUACAUCUUUUUCCUGGAGCCCACGGAGCAGCCCUUAGUCUUUAAGACGGCCUUUGCCCCCAUCGACACCAACGGCAAAAACCUCAAGAAAGAGGUGGGCAAGAUCCUGUGCACUGACUGCGCCACCCGGCCCAAGCUGAAGAAGAUGAAGAGCCAGACGGGACAGGUGGGUGAGAAGCAGUCACUGAAGUGCGAGGCAGCGGCGGGCAACCCUCAGCCCUCCUACCGCUGGUUCAAGGACGGCAAGGAGCUCAACCGCAGCCGUGACAUUCGCAUCAAGUACGGCAACGGCAGAAAGAACUCACGACUCCAGUUCAACAAGGUGAAGGUGGAGGACGCUGGGGAGUAUGUCUGCGAGGCUGAGAACAUCCUGGGGAAGGACACAGUCCGGGGCCGGCUCCACGUCAACAGCGUGAGUACCACUCUGUCAUCCUGGUCGGGGCACGCCCGGAAGUGCAACGAGACAGCCAAGUCCUAUUGUGUCAAUGGAGGUGUCUGCUACUACAUCGAGGGCAUCAACCAGCUCUCCUGCAAGUGUCCUGUGGGAUACACCGGGGACAGGUGUCAGCAGUUCGCAAUGGUCAACUUCUCCAAGCACCUUGGAUUUGAACUAAAGGAAGCCGAGGAGCUGUACCAGAAGAGGGUCCUGACUAUCACCGGCAUCUGCGUGGCUCUGCUGGUGGUGGGCAUUGUCUGCGUGGUCGCCUACUGCAAGACCAAAAAACAGCGGAAGCAGAUGCACAACCACCUCCGGCAGAACAUGUGCCCAGCCCACCAGAACCGGAGCUUGGCCAAUGGGCCCAGCCACCCCCGGCUGGACCCCGAGGAAAUCCAGAUGGCAGAUUACAUCUCCAAGAACGUGCCAGCCACGGACCAUGUCAUCCGGAGGGAAACCGAGACCACCUUCUCUGGGAGCCACUCCUGCUCUCCUUCUCACCACUGUUCCACAGCCACACCCACCUCCAGCCACAGGCAUGAGAGCCACACAUGGAGCCUGGAACGUUCUGAAAGCCUGACCUCCGACUCGCAGUCAGGCAUCAUGCUGUCAUCAGUGGGUACCAGCAAGUGCAACAGCCCAGCGUGCGUGGAGGCCCGGGCGCGGCGGGCAGCAGCCUACAACCUGGAGGAGCGGCGCAGGGCUGCCGUGCCACCUUACCACGACUCCGUAGACUCCCUGCGUGACUCCCCACACAGCGAGAGGUACGUGUCGGCACUGACCACGCCCGCGCGCCUCUCUCCCGUGGACUUCCACUACUCGCUGGCCACGCAGGUGCCGACUUUUGAGAUCACGUCCCCCAACUCGGCGCACGCAGUGUCGCUGCCGCCGGCCGCGCCCAUCAACUACCGCCUGGCGGAGCAGCAGCCGCUACUGCGGCAGCCGGCGCCCCCCGGCCCGGGGCCCGGGCCCGGCGCGGACAUGCAGCGCAGCUACGACAGUUACUACUACCCCGCGGCGGGCCCGGGGCCGCGGCGCGGGGCCUGCGCGCUGGGCGGCAGCCUGGGCAGCCUGCCCGCCAGCCCCUUCCGCAUCCCCGAGGACGACGAGUACGAGACCACGCAGGAGUGCGCGCCCCCGCCCCCAUCGCGGCCGCGCGCCCGCGGCGCGUCCCGCAGGACGUCGGCGGGGCCCCGGCGCUGGCGCCGCUCGCGCCUCAACGGGCUGGCGGCGCAGCGCGCACGCGCGGCGCGGGACUCGCUGUCGCUGAGCAGCGGCUCGGGUGGCGGCUCGGCCUCUGCCUCGGACGACGACGCGGACGGGGCGCUGGCGGCCGAGAGCACGCCUUUCCUCGGCCUGCGUGCGGCGCACGAUGCGCUGCGCUCGGACUCGCCGCCGCUGUGCCCGGCGGCCGACAGCAGGACUUACUACUCCCUGGACAGCCACAGCACGCGGGCCAGCAGCAGACACAGCCGCGGGCCGCCCCCGCGGGGCAAGCAAGACUCGGCGCCCCUCUAGGGGCCCCCGCCGCCCGCCGCCCCCUCCGCCUCGCCUGCCCCACUGUCUUUAAGGAGGACAGAGACCACCGCCUGGAGAGAGAAAGGAGGAAAAAAAUAAAAAUAUUUUUAUUUUCUAUAAAAGGAAAAAGGUAUAACAAAAUGUUUUAUUUUCAUUUUAGCAAAAAUUGUCUUAUAAUACUAGCUAACGGCAAAGACGUUUUUAUAGGGAAACUAUUUAUAUGUAACAUCCUGAUUUACAGCUUCGGAAAAAAAAAGAAACAACAAAAAAAAGAGAUGGGCCAAUUUUUUGACUCUUUAAUAGAAACCUAUAUUGUGGUGCCUUUUGCUGUACGCUAAUCUGGAGCUCCUGGAGAGAAGUCGGGUUGUGGGGUGGGGUGGGGGUGAGGGGAAUGUAGGAUAUGUAGGAUCCCAAGCUGGCAGGGGUGAGAGGGAGCCGGCAAAGAAGGGGCUGCUGGGUGCUGGUGGGGGCAGGGAGGGGAUUGGCCCUGAGGAAGGAAGUGAGGACAGGAGGAGCUUUGCCCCCAGGCAGGAUCUUGAGUCCCCGACCCCCCCCACCCCCCACACCCCCACACCCCCCACCCCCCGCCGCUGAAGAGAAGGCAGGGAUCCUAGGCUUGGAGCUAGAGUCGGGAUCGGGUAACAUUCAGGGGGAGACUUAAGGCCCAGCGACAGCAACCAGAAUGGGGAGGGGGCCUCCCCACUCCUUACAGCUGCUAAGGGAGGGGGCACUGAGAAAGAGGUCUUCCCAACAGUCCUGGCCCCAGGGAGGGGGCAGCUCUACCAGGGCCCCAAAGUUCCGGCUCCUCCUCCCCUGUGGCCUCCAGGAUGCCCUUCCGUCCUCUGCAGCACCUUCGUUUACAGGUUGUCUUUUCUAUUUUAUGCCUGCAUGUCCUUUGCAUUUCAGAUUCUUUAGAUUGGAUGCAUGGUCACGCUGGGACCGAGAAGAGCCACUCCACAGUGUAUUUGAUUCCCCUUUUAGCAAUAAAGUAACACCAUUUCUUCCAGACCCCAAGCCACCUAUGACUUCCACUCCCUCUCCAGCCCUGUCCUCCCCACCCCCGCAAAACUGGGUCCACUGCUAAUUUGUCAAAAAGGUAAUUGUUUAAAAGAAAACACCGAACAAACAAAUGGGAACCCUGCCCUGAAAUGUCCAAACACCUGACUGUUGACACUUGAACAUUUUUAUAUUAUAAAUAAAAUCAGAAAUAACUCAUGUUUGAUUGUGUGUGCCUAGCCCCCAGGUGAGGAGAGAAGACAGAGAGGAGGACCUGGGUGGAGAUGGAUGGAUGCUGGUGUGGAGAUUGGAGAGGGCCAGGGUAGUCCCAGGGAGGAAGAGACCGUCCCUCUCAUCUCCCUGACUUCAGCUCCUAGGACAGGCUGCAUCCCUCCUCCCUUUUCCAAGAAUAUUCACAAGGUUCCCCCCAGCGGCUGGGGAACCUGGCCAAGGGGCUGAUGCAUAGUACUCUGCUUUGAGCUCAGCCUCAGGACCCUGGCCCAGUUCCUGCCCUGGAGCUACUGGGGCUGCACUGAGACAGCAAUUUCCCACCUACGUGGGUGAGGAGGGAAGGCUUGUGGGGUUGGCACUGGGGCAGCUGAGGCAAGAUGACCCUUGGGGCCUCAGGCAUUUCACAGGCAAAGCCCGGACAUGCAAGAUGGCAUAAUGGGUACCCUUGGCUGCCAGGAAGACCA